AUGGGUAACAGCCUCCGCAAGGCCACAACGUCUGGCAGUGCAAACCUCACGAACCGGGAGCGGAAGUAUGUGCGUCAAACUUGGCAGGCAUUCUGUCAAGCCAAUCAAGACUACGGGGUGCUGAUCUUCGUCGAGUUCUUCCAGCGGUACCCUUCGUAUCUGCCGCUGUUCCCGCCCUUCGGAGACCUGCCGCUCAAGGAUCUCGUCUGCAAUCACAGGUUCCGGGCGCACGGUUACGCCGUGGGCCACCAGAUUGCGGCUGUGCUGGACACGCUUGAUGACCUGGACGUGAUGACUGAACUGGUGCGCAAGACUGCAGUCAACCACGCGGCCAAACCGGGCUUGAAGCCCGAGCACUUCGAGCACCUACUGCACGUGAUUCUGGAGACCAUGCAGACGCGCUGUCCCGAACAAUUCACGCAGGACGUCAUCGCGGCGUGGAUAAAGCUAUUCGACGGGCACAUCGUGUCAAGCUCGGCAGUGUACCUGGCGCGCAGCGAGUGUGUCCCAAGUACACCUCUUCGCGCCUCGCACAGUAGCCCGCUGCCCCUGGAGUUGUCAUGA